CUAUAGCACCUGACAACCAGACCCGGUGCUCCACCCCGCAGCGUCCGCAGCCCCCACGCCGACGCGACUCGUCGCGAGCACCCACCGACCGAAGCGACGACCGGAGAGCGAGGGCGAGCGAGCGCAGCGCGAGGGACAGAUGGCGGCUGCGGCGGCGGAGGGGAAGGAGGUGAGGCGGGACCUGUGGGGGCAGGAGUACCGGACGUCCUCCGCCGACUGCGCGGCGGCGCUCGACGCCUACUACGCGGCCUUCAUGUCCUUCGGCCGCGGCCGCGGAGCGGCCAUACUCCGCGCCGCCGCGGCCGACCCCUCCUGCGCCCUCGCCUCCGCGCUCGCCGCGCACUUCGUCGGGCCCAGGGACCCCGCCGCGGCUGCCGUCUUCCUUGCUGCUGCCGCGGACAACCUCGGUAAAGCCACGGAGUACGAGAGGGCGGUGUUCAGGACGCUCUCCGCGCUGCUGGGGGAGGAGAGGGACCAUGAGGUGGCACUUGAUCGGCACUUCGAGUUGCUCAAGGGAUUCCCCAGGGAUCUCAUGUCUCUGAAGAGAGCGCAGCUCAUCUGCUUCUAUAUGGGACGGCCGGAUACAUCCCUGAAAUUUGUUGAACAGGUUUUGCCAGAGAAUCAAGAUCGAAAUUACAUAUAUGGCAUGCUCGCCUUCCCUUUGCUAGAGCUAGGAAGAAUGGAUGAAGCUGAGAGAGCUGCUCGGAAAGGCUUGUCUAUAAACAAGAAUGACGUCUGGUCACAGCAUAAUCUGUGCCAUGUUUUUCAGCAGAAAUGUCGCUUCAGAGAAGCUACUGAGUUCAUGGAAUCAUGUUCUCCAUCGUGGACAGCAUGCUCAUCAUUUAUGUUUACCCACAACUGGUGGCAUGUCGCUGUUUGUUACUUGGAAGGUGAAUCUCCUUUACCGAAAGUUCUGGAGGUUUAUGAUCAAUACAUCAUGAGUGAACUUGAGAAAAGUGAUUGUGAGCCUGCAGAGGUGUAUUUGAAUGCUCUAGGGUUGCUGCUCCGUUUGUAUGUGCGCGGACAUAUAGAUCCAGCUAAAGAGAGGUUAACAGCAUUGCUAGAUGCACUAAAGAAUGAGUCUAUAUGGCAUGUGGAGUGGCUUCUUGACUUGCUUAUAUUAUGGGCACUAUCAAGUAUGAGUGAGUUUAAAAGUGCGCACAAUAUGUUGGAAUCAUUGAAGUCAAGGGUCAGUUCAAUGGACAGGAGUAGGCAGCAAGUGAUGCAGAAGGCAAUCCAGCUAGCGGAGGCUGUUUAUGAAUAUGGAAAAGGAGAGCACAAAAAGGUCUUUGACACUCUGGGUCCAGACUUUGAUGCACUUGGUUAUAAAAUGAUUGGUGCAUCAGAUGAACAAGUGGAUGUCUUCAAUGAAGUUUGGUACACUGUUCUAAUUAAUGCUGGAGAGACUUCCAAAGCAAUUGAGGUGCUUGGCAAACAAAUAAGGAAACGAGAGGGUGCUUCUUUCUUGUGGCGUUUGCUAAUUUGAUAAAAAGAAUGCUAAGAAUCUGUGGGAGCACACUGCAGCCAAGACACUAUUGGGUCAUAGAUGAUUGCUUGGAUGGUAACAGGCUGCUAGUUUGAGAUAAAUCUACAUAUUGUCCUAUAUGCCAAACGGAAAAGUUUGCGUCAGUAACUGUUUAUUUAGAUACUACAGACGUUCCUCCUUGCAUAUAAGCAGAAUCCUAUGUUAAGAUGUAAAAUUCUGAAAAUACGUUUCUAUCAACCUACCAAAAGACGGCAGCUCCAAACUCACCGACAAAAUGCUUGGCCCACAGAAAAUGCAUCAAUAUAAUGAGCUAUUGAGGAUUCUAGUAAAAUAUAUUUUAUUUAACACAUUCUUACAAUUGAGCAAAGUCUGACUUCGUGGUGCUUGAAAAAUAUACUAAUUUGUUGACCAUAGAGCCUGGUUUCUCCCCAAACUAGUAACCUUACGAUAUUAUUCAGGCAUACACGGGGCAGUGUAGGUUAUUAUGAAUAGCAUCUGUAUUCAUUUUGGGGGCUCUAAGCUCAUAUAUAUACAUGUACAUGUGUGGGCAAAUAUGCACUAAACCCCUUAUACAAUGGGGAAAUACAAGAAGACAUAUCCAUUUAACACCCUCUUCAAACUCAAGGUGGAUCAACAACACUGAGUUUGGAGAGAUCACCUAUAUUGAGCUCUAGUUCCUUUGUGAAGAAAUCUGCCAACUAAAGCUAUGAAGGCACAUACUAAAGAGCAAUAAUCUGACAUAGUACCUGUGCCUAUGUAAGAAGCAUCAACACCAAUAUGUUUGGUAAACUCAUGCUUCACUGGAUCUCGGGCAAUACUGAUAGCGCAUAUACUGUCAAACAAAAAAAAGGAGUCGGCAUAGAAACCGAAACACCAAAAUCCUCAAGUACCGUAGCCAAGUAACCUCUGCUGUCAAAAGUGUCAUAGCUCACUAUUCAGCCUCUGCACUCGAUCAAGAAACUGUUGUCUGCUUAGUAUUCCAAACAACGAGAGAACCACCAAGAAAAACACAGUAGAUAGAAAGAGACUGACGAUCAGAAGGAUCACUUGCCUAGGUAGCAUCAGAAUACGCCUGGAGAUGUAAAGAGCUAGAGCGAGGAAAGAAAAGACGACGAGAGAUAAUCCCAUUACAUGUAGAACAUGAAGAAGAUGGCUAUAGUGAGCUAAGUAGGAGCAGAAACAAAUUGACUCAGAAUAUGUAUUGGAUAUGAAAUGUCAAGACGAGUCACACUAAGUAAACAAGACUCCCAACAUGGCGACGAUAGCGCAUGGGAUCAAUAAGAAGCUCACCAUAAGUGGCACGAAGAUGAACAUUGAGCUUCAUAGGAGUGAGAAGCACGAUAAAAAAAAUUCUAUAUAUACUUCUCCUGGGAUAUGUAGAAGCCCUGAAGUGUAAAAAGAAACCUCAAUCCCAAUGAAGUAACAAAGAGGACCAAGACCAGGCAUAAGAAACUGCUCACUGAGACGUGCCUUCACAAAGGUAAUAUACCGAGAGUCAUCUCCAGUGAUGAUCAUAUCAUUAACAUAAAGAGAAGAGUAUGACUAUGGGACAAAGUAUGGACAAAGAGCGACACAGAUCGUGAGUACUGGCAGAACAACCAACAACAAUGACCACAAAAGCAAAACGCUGAAACAUUGUUUGAGUCCAUAUAAAGAGUGGCGCAAACGACAAACCAUACCCUUAGUGACUGCAUAUACACACGCAACUCACCAUUAAGAAAUGCAUUCUUCACAUCAAGUUGAGAGAUAAACCACUCACGAACAAAGGCUAUAACAAGAAGAGUGCAAAUAGUAGUCAAUUAGUCAUGUGAGCCACAAGAGCAAAGGUCUCAUCAUAGUCAUGGCUAUGCUCAUGCUAAAAGCCACGUGUGACAAGACGAGCCUUGUAGCGUUCAAGAGAACUAUUUGAGUAGGUCUUAACUUUAUAGACCCACUUGAAGGUGAUAGGGUGAACACGCGGAGGAAGAGGAACCAAAUCCCACGUGCCAGUGCGCUCAAGGGCAACAAGCUCCUCCAUCAUUGCAUGCUACCAUUCCUGAUGAACAACAUCACGGUAAGAAGUCGGAUCAGCAAGAACGACACUAACAAAGCUAAAGCGCUCAGGAGACCGAAUCAACUGAUGAUUGCGAAGGGCAUAUCGAGAAGGAGGCUUAGGAGUAGACUCCUCAGAAGAAGGUAGCUCAUCAGGAGAAGAUGGCACAUAGAUGAAUCCUCCUCUAGUGAACAAUGCGUGUAUACAUGUGUCACAGGCGGUCGGUAAUCAAGAAUAGUGCCAAGAGGAGAAGGUUCUGCAGAAGAAGGCACUAUUGAAGAAUACACCUUAGGAGAAGGCGCAAUAGGAGGUGCCAUCGUAGAAUGCACCAACUGUGGAGAGGACAUAGUGACAAUGAGUGUAUCAGAAAAAAAGUCAGAAAAGAAAGUGACUUGACCAAAGAUAUUAAAGAAGCAUUAGAAGAAGGUCGAGGAUAGAAAGGACGAGACUCAUCAAAAGUUACAUCCCGAGAGAUCCUCACCCGUCUACGAAUAGGAUCCCAACAACGAUACCCAUUAUGCUUAGCACUUCACCCUAGAAAGACACUCAACAAAUUCAACAGUCGACUUGGUGCGCUCACGAGGUGCAAGAAGCACAUGGCACACAACUAAAAAGAAAAGGAAUCCCACCCUAAAGAGCAGGCGAAUGCUGAAUAUUAGUCAAAUAAGUAGCAAUGUAAACAACCUCAGCCCCAAAAUGAGGUGGAACAGAAGAUGCAAGCAUUAGAGCACAAGCAACCUCAAGAAGAUGACGAUGCUUACACUCACCUAUGCCAUUCUAAGCAUGAGCACCAGGAUAGGAAAACUGGGCAAGAGUGCUGUCGGAGCGUGAACUCCUGUCGCAGGGAUCCGGAGGGACCUCUUUUUGAGAUUCGGCCGGGGGAUGAUUCUGAAUAUAUUUGCGGGAGAAAUAAAUGGGUGUAAAUGCGAUGACAUGUGGGAUGGAAGGAUCGAAUGCAGAAUGCAGUAAAUGUACUGGAGGGAUUUUUAGACAGGUUCGGGCCACAGUGAGCGUAAUACCCUACUCCUGUGUGGAUGCUAUAAAUGUCCUGAGAAUGUCUCUCAGAAAUGUUGCUGGUUACAAGAAUAUUUGUCUAUCCUAGAGCUUCGGGCUCCUUGUUCUUCGGUGGUCUUAGCUUCUGUGCUUGUACUGAGUGUUCUUAAGAGUAUGUCUUCGCUCUGGAUUCUUUAGCCUCUGAGAGUCUGUAUCCGAGCCUUUCAGCCUCUGAGAGUCCUCCCUUUUGUCCGUGCCCGCCGACUCUCUUAAAUACCCGCCGGCGGUAGCGUGCCCCGAAAGGGAGGGCACGAGUUUCAAGGCGCUAUAAAUGGAAAAGCGGUCAUUAUGGGCUGCUGCGCGAAGUGACGGCGGGGUUGAAAACGCACCCCCCGUCCGGUUUCGGUCGUCAUGAUGGCGCUAGCAACGGGCGCCGUGGAGAGGGCUCACCGGGCAGCCGCAGAGCAGCCUGGCGUGCCCGCCCGGUCUUGUUCACCUGACGCAGCAGGGCGGCAGGCGGGGCGCCUUGGGCCUUGCGAUGCUAUCCCGAGGCGCGUCGGAUGACGCGGGAUGGGACGCGUGCAUUAAAUGUCCCCACGCCCUUCUGCCAGGAUGUGGUAGGGACUGACACCGAGCGUGGCAGGGGCAGUUGGAAGUGACAGACCAUGCGCCCUCUUAAAUGCGGCAUCGGGCCUUUCACAGGCUGAUACCUCACCGCUGGACCCCUGUGGGGGCCACCGGUGAAGGACUUCUUGGGCCGUCGGGGAACCGAGUGCUCGGGGGCCACUGUUCACAGCCCCGAGCACUCUCCCAGAAAUGACUGUUCGGAUCCUCGGGGAACCGAACGCUCGGGGGCCGCUGUCCGCAGCCCCGAGCACUCUCUCCCGGAAGUACCUUCCUUGGGUCCUCGGGGUACUUGGGUGCUCGGGGGCCACUGUUCGUAGCCCCGAGCACGCCCUUCCCGGUACUCGGCUUUUCUGGUUGUCGGGGGACUCGGGUGCUCGGGGGCCACUGCUCAUGACCCCAAGC